GGCUGCCGAUGCCCCCGGCCCUGAACGCCACCCGCUGGGGGGCCGUGGAGGCUGCGCUGGACCUGGCGUCGGGGUGCGUGCCACCUUUAGCCUGUGUCAACGCCACCUGCUCUCCGCCCUACAAAUGCCUGGACACUUGGAAGCAGUUCAAGUGCGACUGCGGCGAGGGCUUCCAGCUUAGUCCCGACGGCUCCUCCUGUCUGGAUGUGGACGAGUGUCGCUACGAGCCUUGCCUCAACUUCGCCUCGUGCUCAAACUCGGUGCCAGGCUACUACUGCUCCUGCACUAGCGGCUACGCAGGCCACAACUGUGAGCAGCAGGCCGGACCCUUGGCCUUCCCCCUCGGCGGCCUGCCUGUCCUGCUGGCCCUCACCUUCUCCCUCGCUACUGUCUUAGGUUUGCUGGCGAUUGCAGUGUCAACUUAUUUUCUAAGGCGCCGGAAACUCGAACUCAAGACAACGUCAGUCGACGGACCAACAAGUAAACAAACUCAACAGCAAGUCAUAACCGCAACAAUCAUAGACUCCUCCAACCACUCCCCAGUGCCUUCUAAAGAAUCUAAGAAAAGUAUUUCCAUAGAGGAGCUAUCUAGUAAUAAUCGAUUUUCUAAAGAAUCAUUGAAAAACAUGACAUUAUUUUCAAAACCUUCUUCGAAAAAUGCAGCGCUUUCCGAAGAACUGCAAAGGAAGAGUUCAUCGUCCGAAGAAUCCUUCUCUUGUGAAGGAAUAAAUUCAGUAGCCGGCCACGCCAUCGAGGUGCGCUACACGGCCAGCGCCGCCACACACACGACACUCGCGCCCAGCGUCUGCGAGCUGCACGCGCUCCAGCACGACGCCGUGCCUUGCUUAGGGCGCUACAACCCCGACGCCGUGCCUUGCUUAGGGCGCUACAACCCCGACGCCGUGUCUUGCUUAGGGCGCUCCAACCCCGACGCCGGGCCUUGCUUAGGGCGCUCCAACCCCGACGCCGUGCCUUGCUUAGGGCGCUCCAACCCCGACCUCUCAGGCGAGGACGUGACGAAGUCUGGCCAUGCAGGGCCACUGAGCGCUCUAACGCUCAUGGCGCCUCGAGGCUAUAGAGACGAAGAUGAGGUCCAGCUCAACAAACUGCGAGAUGUUAUAAAUGGCGUGGAAUACAUCUGCUCCGAGACUCCAUGGCCGCUGCUCCAGUCAUGUACUUCAGACUCCACUCCUGAUAAUAUCAAACGGCCGUACUUUUCAUCUCUGAGACGCAAGUCAAAUGAAUUGGCUCCUUUUCUCAACGUCAGUGGUGAGAAAAAGAUAUCGACGUCUCAGCCAGACUCAAAUGAAAGAAUGGAAAAAGUUGCUUGGUAUUGUGAAGGUCACAACGCUCCCCAAAAAACUGACAUGAUGGAGAAAGACUCAGAAGUUGAUCCCGCAUCAGGAUCGCUGCCUGCUCUGACAAUGUGUUCUGCAUCUCAUGAGUGCAAGGCUCCUAGAUGACAAAAACAAGUUUGAAAAAUUUAACAUUGCAUUUGAAUUUCAAAACUAUUUGUUCGAUGGAACUAUCUAUGAAUUAUCUAAAUAUAUUUUCAACUCA